AAACUAAUGAACAACGUAAAGCAUGUUUAGUUAGAGAACGUGAGCAAAAGCAGCAAAGACAAAUGAAACACAUUAUAGAACCUAAUACCAACCAUAUGGAUCAUCAAGAAGAAAUUGCUGAAGUAAUUUCUGACAACACUGAAUCUGAAAUGAUUUCUGUUAUCAUUGAGUCAAACCCACUUUUAGAUACUAUCUUAAAUGUUCCAUAUUUGUCAGAGACUGACCAUAAGCUUUUACAAAAAUUUCGAGCUGAAAUGAAUAAGCUCAAACAUAAUUCGUGCCCAGUAUGCAAUGAACGUUUCCCAUCGAUAAACCUUGUUAAUGGAGAAUGUCAUCGCUGCUACAAUGACAAGAAUGAGUUAAAAAAGUUUUCUUUAGAAAAUAAUAUGGAUCCAGGUGAUGUAUCUGAAGAAUUAAAAGGCCUUACUGAUAUUGAGGAGAUGUUAAUAGCACAAAUUUUUCCAGUCAUUUCAGUUUAUUAUCUUCGUGAUGGCCAAUACGCCUAUCGUGGAAAUGAAAAUGAUGUAAAUGAAGAAGAUUACUUGGAUAAUGAUCAUGAUAGUGAUAAUAAAGAAACUAUCACAUAUAACUUUGUAUCUACUCUUGUCUCAUCUCAUAAUGAAGAUCGUGCUAUUUCUGCUACUCUUGCUCGAAUGCAAGAUGAAAAUAAUCCUGCAAUAAUGUGGCCUAAUAUAGACAGUCAUCCUAUUAAUGAAUUUAACACCCCGGAUUAUAUUGCUUGUACUUUUCUGUCCUUAUAUCCAACAGGCAAUGCAAACCUACGUGCAGAACAUGUUAGAGAA